CUAUUUCUUGGCCGGCAUUAUUAUCUUGGGAUUUACUAUCACGUUUUUGUACUUUCGUACAAUUUUAGUGUUGUUCAUUUGUAAUUAUUUGUUUUACAUUUUAAAGCAAUCUGUUACUUUAUUAAUGCAUCUCGAUUAUAUUGCUGGGUAAAGUAAAAAGGACGAUAAACAUUUUAUUACAAUGAACAGUAUGAAAAUAAAACUUUUGAUUUCUUAUAAACAUUACUCUCCAUCACUAUUGUGUAAUUUCCAAAAACUAAACCAUCACAUAUUUUCAUCGUCGCUCAGUCAUUCCACAUUAAAUAAUAAACGUUUAUUUGAACAGUUUGUCAAACCACUGAAUCCUUAUAGUUAUAAAAGUAUUCAUACCACAAGUUAUUUAAAUAAUAAGAAGGAUUUUUAUAACAUAUUAGGAGUACCUAAAAAUGCUUCUCAAAAAGAAAUCAAGAAAGCUUACUACCAACUCGCUAAAAAAUUUCAUCCAGAUACCAACAAGGGAGAUCCUAGUGCUAGUAAAAAAUUUCAAGAAGUUUCUGAAGCCUAUGAAGUCUUAGGAGAUGAAAAAAAAAGAAGUCAAUAUGACACAUGGGGAUCUACUGGUAAUCCAAACCACAUGGGUGGGCCUGGAGGAGGUACAGAAAAUAAUAAUUUCCAAAAUUCAUGGGGUUUCCAAUCUAAUGUUGAUGCUGAAGAACUGUUUAGAAAAAUAUUCAAUCAAAGUGGUUUUGUAAAUAAUAGUUCGUUUGAGGAAGAUUUUGCCGAUUCAAAAUUUGGAUUUGGAGCUGCUGAAGAAAUUGUUGUUAAAAUUACAUUUGAACAAGCUGCUCGAGGUGUUAACAAAGAUUUAAAUUUAAAUGUGGUUGAUAUUUGUCCCAAAUGCCGCGGUUCUCGUUGUGAACUAGGAUAUAAGGCAACAAUUUGUACUCAUUGUAAUGGAUCUGGAAUGGAAACUGUCUCAAGAGGACCCUUUUUAAUGAAGUCAACAUGUAGACAGUGUCAAGGAACUAAAGUUAUUAUAAAAAAUCCAUGUAUAGAAUGUCACGGGAAAGGAAGUACUGUACAACGUAAAAAAGUAACAGUACCAGUUCCAGCAGGAAUUGAAGACGGUCAAUCAAUUAGAAUUUUGGUCAAUAGAAAUGAAGUAUUUGUUACUUUCAAAGUGGAAAAAUCUGAUUAUUUUAAGAGAGAUGGUUCUGAUAUUCAUACAAUUGCUAAAAUUUCUGUAUCUCAAGCAUUCUUAGGAGGAUCUAUUAGAGUUAGAGGCAUUUAUGAUGAUCACACAGUGCAGAUUUCGCCCUAUACUACUACAGACACCAAAAUUAGAUUGAUCAAACAAGGAAUGAAAAAAGUGAACUCCAAUCUAAACGGGGAUCACUAUGUUACUAUUAAAGUAGAUAUUCCUAAGUCAAUAACAAAAAAGCAGCUAGCACUUAUUCAAGCUUAUGCAGAGCUCGAAGAAAACACACCUGGAACAAUAAAUAACUUGCACCAUAAAAAAGAUGGUAGUAAAUCAUUUGAUCAAGAACUGUCAGAAAACAAAAUUUUAGAUAAUUUACGAUCUGCAUUAAGAAAACAAAAUGAUAUUUAAAGCUUAAAGCUAUUUUUAAAACUUAUUUAUGUUUUACAAGAAAUAAUGCAAUUGUGUAAUCUUUUUAAACUCAUUGUGUAAUACAUUUUUUCUUUGAUUAUGUCUGUCUUUCAAAUAGUUAUCAUAGUUUUUGUGAAAUAUAAUAUAGUUAUUUCAUUAAUGUUGAUGUGUAAAACUUAUAAGUAGUUUUAUUUGUUAAUUUACAAAAAAUUUAAAAAAUGAUGGAUAAUACUUGUUUAUUUUUUAUUUUUUCAUAUUAUGAAACUAUACUACAAUAUUUUAAACUUGGUUGCUUGAGUAUAAUUGACUGUUAAGUUUGGCAAUUAAAUAUGACAUUAUUUAAGAACUUUGAAAUCGAAU